AUGUCUCAUCUCACUGUUGGCCAGUAUGCAAUACUCGUAUUCGGCGCUAUGUCCGUCUACGCUUCCUUCCGGUGUAUUUACUUUACAUAUUUCCACCCAGCCUCGAAGUUCCCAGGACCGAGAAUCGCAGCUAUAUCAAAUGUGUGGUACGCAUACCAUUGGAUCACCGGUAAAUAUCCAAUGGCGAUCGAAAAUGCGUUCAAAAAAUACGGUGAUGUUGUUCGGAUUGCUCCCAAUGAGCUGAAAAAUAUCCCACCGCUAUCUGGCAUCAAAUCUGAUUCAAAUCUAGACAUCUAUGGUUCGCAUUCCAAACACAUUGAGAAGUUUCUUAAAGCAGAUUUCAUCUCUCUUGGUGAUGGGGAUCAGGGCAUCACUUGGGAGAAAGAUCCCAUCAAACAUCGCCACACAGCCAAGAAGCUCUCACCAGCUUUCAGUGCUAAGUCCAUUAAAGCAAAGGAAUCGACCAUACACAAAUAUGUGGAUCUUUUCGUCCAGAAAAUGAAGAAAAUUGGCCAAAACGAGCAAGGUGUAGAGCUCAAGAUUUGGACAGACUGGGUUUCGAUGGACAUCUCUGCCGAAUUAUCAUAUAGCAGAGAAUUGGAGCAAGUGGAAAAGAUGUCGAGCUCAGCCUUUCUCCACGCGCUAUGGGGUGUAAACUUCUUCGUCAACGUGCAUCAAAUCCUCAAAAAGUUCCCCCUCUCAGUGCCACUACAGUUCCUUUUUGUUCCGCCUUCUGCACUUAUUAGUGAGUUGCAAGCUAGAAAAUUAAAUCGAGAGACGCUUGAGUGGCGCAUUGAGCAUCGUGGGGGACUUGAGCACCUUGAUCAUGUCGAACAGCUGCUAUCUGCAGAGGCUCCUCCACCUACAGGGCAAGAGAGAAAAGCUCUUGAGGUAGUUUCUGGCCAGCUACUUAUCGCUGGUUACCUACCAGUGGCAAGUCAAUUCUUAUGCACGAUCAUGUUCGGAUUGCAAGAGCCGGACAUUCACAGACUGCUAGUCCGGGAAAUAAGGGAAAGCUUCGCUAGAUAUGAAGAUAUUACGGCAGAAGCUUUGGCUCCGCUGAAGUUUCUACAUGGCUCAAUCAUGGAAACUUUGCGUUUCACGUUUGUUGAGGGAGGUGGACUUCCGCGAGUGAGCCCAGGUGCAAUUGUUGAUGGAAGAUAUAUUGAGAAAGGGCUUCAAGUGCAAUACGGUCACUUUGCUUUCACACGCAGCCCUCGGUACUUCCAUGAGCCGCGUAGCUAUAGGCCUCAACACUGGCUACCUAAAGAUCAUCCUCACUGGAACGCCGCAUUUGAGAACGACGCAACAAGCCAUUACUAUCCUUUUGGAUUGGGUCCUAGACAGUGCAUUGGAAUGGAACUGGCCUGGCGGGAGAUGAGAAUCUUCGUUGCUAAGGUUCUGUGGAGCUUUGACGUGGAGAUGGUAUCGGAUCAUAAGAUCGUAUAUGAGAGGGAUUUCAAGAUGCAUAGGAUGUGGGAGAAGCCUGAGUUCUGGGUGCGUUUUCAUCCUGUUGAUAGAUCAGAUUGA